GUAGGCUUACUAUAUGGCACGCGGGCUCAAAAAGUUUGGCCAUCCUGCCGUAGGCUAUAUAGCUUAUACGGUGGACGAAGAAAAAAUCGGGUACGUUCGCUUUCUAAGCCAGUUUGCAAAUUUUCAGGAUUUGUAAUGCCUCAGGGAACGGUGAGGAACGGAUCGCGCUGUAGCACCGCCAAGGCGUUCUUACUUCCCGCCAGAAACAGGAGUAAUUUACAUAUCGUCACCUCGGCUUUCGUCACCAAGGUACUUUUCGACAGUAGGAAGAGAGCCAGAGCGGUGCAAGUGGAUCAUCACGGCAUGAAUCACGUGAUACUAGCCGAAAACGAGAUCAUCCUGUCCGCCGGAGCCAUUAACACACCUCAACUGCUGAUGCUGUCGGGUAUCGGACCCCGUCGUGACCUGGAUCGCCUAAAAAUUCCCGUUUUGGCCGAUCUGCCGGUGGGAUACAACUUACAGGACCACAUCGGAGCAUCGGGCAUCCACUUUACCAUCGACGCUCCGUAUUCGGUAGUCAGAACCAGAAUUAUGGAAAAGGAUCAUCUCAACGAAUUCCUCAAACAACGCAAAGGUAUGCUGACCAUGCUGGGCGGAGUCGAAGGUUUGGCAUUCGUCGACACUCCUUACGCCAACAAAUCGGCAGAUUGGCCCGACAUCGAAAUCCACUUCGUGUCCAGCAGCCCUUCUUCCGACGGAGGUCUGACCAUUAAGAGGGUGAUGGGCCUUAACGAAAAGGUGUGGAAGAAGUUUUACUUGCCUUAUUUGUACAGAGAGAGUUUUUCGGCUUUUCCCAUUCUGCUACGACCCAAGAGCAGAGGAUUUGUUAAAUUGAAAUCGACCAAUCCUUACGAUCCUCCCGUCAUCGAUCCUAAAUAUCUGUCUCAUCCGGACGAUCUCAAAGUCAUCAUCGAAGGUAAA